AGGACGCUAAAAGCUUACGUGUACUUCCGUCGUUCGUACAGGUUAUCACAAGAAAUCCACAACUUUGGUUACUACUUUCAAUCAUGGCUUUUCAAUCAAGACAGUCGAUUGUGAAUUUGCCCCUAAUACUUUUACUAGUGUACUUAUGUCCGUUCAUCGCUGGGGACAAUGCAUUUUACAAGGAAAUGCCUAAAGAAUUGCGGUGCAGUGGAUGUGAGCUGACUGUGAAAGUUUUGGAUCAGAUGCUCAUCAGAGACACAGGAAACACUGAGUCAAGAGUAAUGAAAGCUUUAGAGAAGGUUUGCGAGGAACAUAGAUUCAGCAUUUCAGAGUACAAGCCACAGAGGAUUGUGAAGGUCUGCGAGUUCAUCAAAAAAAAACAUGGAGAUGAGCUGAAAAGAGAACUGGUCAAGUACUUCAGCCAGUCCAAGAGAUCUACGUAUUUGGAGUUUGUGCAGCACUUUUGUCUUGAUGUGACUCGUCUCUGUGCUGGUAUCUCGCACAAGAUAAAGCCUCAUGAAGAUAAAGAGGAUGCGAUUUUACACUUUGAUUCAGAGUCCCACGGUUUCACUGUCAUGCCAGGCCGUAAUUUCAAAAUGCCCAGACCGAUUGCAGAAGGACAUGAUGAAUUGUAAAAAUUAGUGCUGGCAACACAUGAUGUAUGAAAAGAAUUGCCGUCCAAGAGUGAUCUGUAGUUUCCCUAACCAUUUUUCCCUAGAAGUGCAUGUAUCCAUGUAUUCUCGGAUUUCAUUUUGGGAAAUUCAGCUUCUACUUCAACUCUGUGUUAUUCUUCAGCGUGGCUUGGUGCAAGAUACCAUAGCAUCUGCGGUGUAGUAGUUAGGUGCUUCACUGUCAAACGCUGGAGAACCGACUUCAAUUCUCGAGCUGGCAGAAUAUUUCUCAAGUUUUUGGGUGUUACUCAACUUUCUGCUGGGAUGUUGUAUCCCUCUCAGCCUGGGUUGGCCCGGACAGGCAGGGUUAAAGCCUGCCUCCUAAAUGGGCUAAAUUGUGUUGAUGGGGGCUUAAAAAUAACCUAUAUAUUUUCUAAAAAGAUGCAAGAUACAUGAUUCACGAAAUAAAAAGCAGAACAUUAGCUAGUCUUGUGUAAACUGAACUUCUGCUCCAUUCAUUUACUUUUCAAGAGUAAGAAAGUGUAUAAAUGCUGAAUUCAUGUGAUGGUUUUCCUAGUUUAAGAAAAAAUCAGGAUAUCAUUAAGUUACAUUGUAAAUUUAUUCAAAAUGUGGAUUUGUUUUUUAGGGUGUUUUUUUUUUUUAUAAAGGGAGGCAUAGUGCCUGCCUGGGUCCAUUUUCUUUAAAAAAUUAGCAUUUAUGGAUUUACAUAAUAUAUAUAAUAUGGAUUGUACCAUGCAGAAGACCAUGAUUGUACAUGCUCAUGAGAUGGAUAUUUGUGUUCCAUUUAUUGAUACUGGUCCUCAUAGAGUGAUCAGUAAACUGAAAUAUUAGAAUUAGAAAUGUUAUUCUCAGUGUGAGGGGCUGUGCCUCACAAUUCCAAGAAGACAGAUC